UUUCUUUUCCCAACCCCACUUUCCCCCGGCUUUUUAUUUGUGCUCUGCUCUGCUCUGUUCUUCUCCUCCUCCAGUGUUCAUCUAUGUUCCCGCAAAUGGAUGAUGCGAACGCAGUUACGGAGAAUGGAAAUUCCCAUCCGACUAGUCUCAGUGACUCCAGUGUCUUGGAUGUCUACCCGCUCAGCUGUUACUACUUCGGCUCCAGGGAAUCGGUGCCUUUCAAGAACGAGACUGUUGCUGAUCGUGUGCUACGGAUGAAAGCUAAUUAUGAUGCGUAUGGAAUGAGGAACUGCGUGGCUGCUGUAAUCGUGGUGGAGUUAUUCAAACACCCCCAUCUCUUGUUGCUGCAAGUGCAGAAUUCCAUAUACAAACUUCCUGGUGGUCGCUUACGGCCUGGUGAAUCAGAUAUUGAGUGCUUAAAACGCAAGCUCUCGAGCAAGUUAUCUGCUGGUGAAGAUGGUCGUGGUCCUGAAUGGGAGGUUGGAGAAUGUCUUGGAAUCUGGUGGAGGCCUGGCUUUGAAACUCUACUUUAUCCAUAUCUGCCACCAAACACAAGGAGACCUAAAGAAUGCAUCAAACUCUUUCUUGUCAAGCUACCAACAAGUAGGAGAUUUAUUGUACCCAAGAACUUCAGGCUGCUUGCUGUUCCACUUUGCCAACUUCACGACAAUGAUGAGACUUAUGGCCCCAUAAUAUCUGGAGUUCCUCAGCUGCUCUCAAAAUUCUCCUUUAACUUUGUAGAGCCAUGAAGGGCAACUUGAUUUGGAUUUGGAAGGGCCUUUGAUAUUAGUAUAAGGGCAAACUGCUGUAAAUAUGAGAGUUUCAUUGAGAUUAAAAAUGUGUUUGUUGUAAAUUUAACUUUGGAGUGAAUUUUCAUACACAGUGUUGUAAUGUUAUUUGGAUGUGAACUUCCCAGUUUUGCCUUUUUACUAAUAGAAUAUAAUAUAUCUUAUUACUUU